AUGGCUUCUGAAGAGCAUUUUCUUCUAGACUUGAAAGUGGAUAACUUUAUUCUUUGCAACAUCUCCAUCAAUCACAGUGCAAAUCUUUCCAUCCCGAGUGAUGAUUGGUUCUACCCAGGUUUCCUGUAUGCCAUUCCAACUAUUUAUGGAAUCAUCAUUUUGAUAGGACUUAUUGGCAAUAUCACUUUGAUUAAGAUCUUUUGUACUGUGAAGUCCAUGAGAAAUGUUCCUAAUUUGUUCAUCUCCAGUCUGGCUUUAGGAGAUCUACUCCUCUUAGUGACCUGUGUCCCUGUGGAUGCCAGCAGGUACCUAGCUGACGAAUGGCUCUUUGGUCGAGUUGGAUGUAAACUUAUCCCCUUUAUACAACUCACUUCAGUGGGGGUAUCAGUCUUCACACUUACAGCUCUCUCAGCAGACAGGUAUAAAGCGAUAGUGAGGCCAAUGGAUAUCCAAGCCCCCCAUGCGCUGAUGAAGAUUUGUAUGAAAGCUGCUAUGAUCUGGAUUUUAUCCAUGCUGCUUGCCAUACCUGAAGUUGUGUUUUCUGACUUGCAUCCUUUCUAUGACAGAGACACUAACAAAACAUUCAUCAGCUGUGCCCCUUACCCGCAUUCUGAUGGGCUACAUCCAAAAAUUCAUUCAAUGGCAUCAUUUCUGAUCUUUUACAUCAUUCCUCUAUCGGUAAUUUCAGUGUAUUACUAUUUCAUUGCUAAAAAUUUGAUCCGGAGUGCUUACAACAUACCUGUGGAAGGAAACAUACAUGUUCAGAAACAGAUCGAUUCACGGAAGCGUCUGGCCAAGACAGUGCUGGUGUUUGUGUGCCUCUUUGCUUUCUGCUGGCUUCCUAAUCACAUCAUCUAUUUAUACCGGUCCUACCAUUAUUCAGAGGUAGACACCUCAGUGUUGCACUUCAUCACUAGCAUCUGUGCACGAAUCCUGGCCUUUGCUAACUCUUGUGUAAACCCUUUCGCGCUCUACUUGCUCAGCAAAAGUUUUAGGAAACAGUUCAACAAUCAGCUGUUGUGCUGCAGAACCCGUCUCCUCAUCAGGUCCCAAAGCAUGGGCAGAAGCACCACCCGAAUGACCUCCCUCAAGAGCACCAACCAUUCAGUGGCCACCUUCAGCCUCAUCAACGGCAACCACAUCUGUAAUGAAGGCUGUGUAUAG